CAGGCACUUGGGCUGUUUGUUUUGGGUGAGAAGGGUUUCACUAUGUAGGUCAGGCUGGCCUUAAAUUCACUGUAUAGCCCAAGCUGGCCUCGAAACACACGGCGAUCCUCUUGCCUCAAUCUCCCGAGUGGUGAAACUCCAGGUACACACCACUGCAGUUAGGGUAGAAGUUUGCUCUUGAAAUUUAAAACUCCCGCCUCCCACUACCCAGCCGGAUUUACUACGGCCCCGCCCACCACGUACUCCCCUUCUCUGUCGUGAGGGCUGCUGGGAGAGAGCCCAAACGCCGGAAGCGGAAGUUCAGGGCUCUAGUUCGUCAUUUCCUUCAGCGGGCUCCGUGGUACGGUCCAUUUUUUCUUUGGCUCUGCUGUACGCGCAGAAUGAAGGAGGUGAAGAGCGAACGGGAGCGGGGGAGCCGGCGAAGGCAUCGUGACGGGGACGUGGCGAUGCCCGCGGCUGCGGUGGUGGUGAAGCAGGAGCGCCUCAGCCCAGAGGCCGCUCCUGCAGCCCACCGUCGACCCGACUUUUCCGGCGGUAGCCCUUCGCCGCCGGCCGGAGAGCCCGGCCGCCCUGGCCACCGCAGCAGCCGAGCCCGAGGAACCAGCCGGUCCCCGGCCAAAAAGAAAAACAAAUCCUCAGGGAGAAGCAAAUCUCCUCGGAGUAAGAGAAGCCGGAGUCCUCACCACUCAGCAGUGAAAGUGAAAGAGGAACGUGAGGAUCAUCCCCGGAGAGCACGAGAGGAUCGGCAGCACCGUGAAGCAUCCAGUCAGGAGCAUAGGAGGGGUCGGAACAGUGACCGAGUCAGACAUCGGGGCCAUUCUCGCCAAAGGAAAAGCUCUGGUGAGAGGCCUGGGAGUGGGCCGCCUCAGGGACGGGAGCGAGACAGCCAGAGCCUGCAGGCUCAGGAAGAAGAGCGGGAGUUCUACAAUGCCAGGCGACGGGAGCACCGCCAGAAGAGCGAAGGCAGCGGAAGUGGUAAUGGAGCUCAGGAGUUGGUGCAUCGGCCUGGUGGCAACAAUAAAGACAAAGAGGUGCCUGUUAAAGAAAAACCAAGCUUUGAGCUCUCUGGGGCUCUUCUUGAGGACACUAACACCUUCCGGGGUGUAGUCAUUAAAUACAGCGAGCCCCCAGAAGCACGCAUCCCCAAAAAGCGGUGGCGUCUCUACCCAUUUAAAAAUGAUGAGGUACUCCCUGUCAUGUAUAUCCAUCGACAAAGUGCUUAUCUUUUGGGUCGGCACCGCCGCAUUGCAGACAUUCCCAUCGAUCAUCCAUCGUGUUCAAAGCAGCACGCGGUCUUUCAGUAUCGGCUUGUGGAAUAUACUCGUGCUGAUGGUACUGUUGGCCGAAGGGUGAAGCCCUACAUCAUUGACUUGGGCUCAGGCAAUGGAACUUUCUUGAACAACAAGCGUAUUGAGCCACAGAGAUACUAUGAACUAAAAGAAAAGGAUGUACUUAAAUUUGGGUUCAGCAGUAGAGAGUAUGUCCUACUACAUGAGUCAUCAGAUACCUCUGAAUUAGACAAGAAGGAAGAUGAUGAUGACUACGAGGAGGAAGUAGUUUCUGACAGCUAGCAAACUAAGAGCCAGAACUAUUGAGAUACCUUUUCCUUCUUGGAAUGCUUUGGGAUCGACUCAAAGAGCACUGUGCUGCUCUGUGUAAUGCCUCUUACUGCCUUAAGUCUUUCUUCUGUUGCUGACCAACAUUACAGUUGAAGAACAUUGACUUGUUUUGUUGAACUUUUUCUGUGGCAUAUCAGCCACAUGCCUGUGGGUAUUUUUUUCAGAUCUGCUGAGGAAACUAAACUUGCUUAAAGGGGAAUUGUGGCUUGUUCUCUUUGUACAGUUACUUUAUUUAUAUAGUUGUUAAGCUUUGUGGACCAAGAGUUUUUGUUUUUUGGGGGCAAACCCCUGAGCAGAGACUCUUACUAAGAUUUGGUGGUCACCACAACAGCCUCCAACGUAUACCAAAGCUUCAACCUGGUUGAGCUCUUGAGUCGAACAAGUUGAUUUUGCACUUGGUGUGUAUUUUUUGUUUGGGUUUUUUUUUGGGGGGGGAUUACCACAUGACCUCAUUAUUGACUGUUAAACAGAUGCUUUAUAGGACCUGCUGAAGCACAUGAUUGUAUAAGAAGAUCAUGGCUAAUCCCAAUGGGUGCUGACAGUAUCAUGAGAGGCUGAAAUGGGUUGUGGAUCUGUUUCCUGUGAGAAAAUUUCGGAUUUCUCCAUGGAACAUGUACAUAACAAUUUUGAUCAUCUUGUCUGUUCUUCAGUUUUCCAUUUUUAUUCAAACAUAUAUCUUUCCUUUCCCUCUCUCUCUCUCUCUCUCUCUCUCUUUCUUUCUUUCAAAAAUACACUGUCACUUACCUGACAUUAUCCUUGCUUUAUUCUGACAACAUGUAUAUAUGUCUAAAGGAGGUUAUGUAGCUUACACAUUUCAUCUUUAAAAAUUUGUUCAGAGAGGUAUUUACCUCCAAAGGCUGGAAAGCAAGGGGACUGCCCAGUUUCCUAGUUUUUCAUUGUAGGACAGUAUGUAAGUAGAAAAGUAUUAACUACUUACGUAAAAUAUAUGUAUAUGUACAUAUAUAUAUAUAUGAACUAUGUUAAAGAGCUGCAUACUGAUUUUCAUAUAAUGUUUUGUGAUAAAAAUGUAAUACCACAUGGGUCUCCCUGCAUUUGAAGAGCAGGUUUUCAUUUAUAUGUAUUUUUGGAAUAAAAAUAAAAUUUGUAAAUACAGCCCCAUUUCAAAGAGUAGCACUGUACUUUCAUAGCAUAGAUGGCCUUGUAUCCCUAGGUCUGUUUGCUGCUAAAGGAGCCUUUUAUCAGCAUUUUUAUUUUUGGUACCAGGGAUCAAACUUGGGACCUUGUGCUUGCAAGGCAGGCGGUAGAACCACUGAGCUAAAUCGCUGGCCCUAUAUCAGUAUUUUUGAGGUAAAGAUAGGUAGUUAAUUAGGUUGUUGGGAAGAGAAAUGAAAUAAUGAAGAGAGGACACGUGCCUACCCCAGGAUCCAAGACCUCACAUCUCAGCAACUGGGCAUUGGUCACAUCCAAGUAGCGGUACAUUUCUGAAUUGGCAGUGAAGGGUUUUUCCUUCCCGGAGUAUUCGGAGCUUGGAGUGAGUUAUAGGUAGUUGGCAUCUCUCGCACACAGUGAAAUACCGUCCUUACUAUUUCACAGGUGAUGGUGGAGCGGCAAGGGACAUGCUGCUGUUAACUCUUCCCCAUUGGAAUGCUAACGUAGAAUGCUGCUUAAGCAGAUUGUCUUUUCUGUUGGCUUUGCAUUACUGUCUCACAUUGCCACAUGUACUCAGACAGAAGUUGGCUCAAGCAUGGAAGGGCAGCUCACUGAUGUUCAUUCAAAAGAUUAAAAGAUCCCCUCUGAUGAGAGAACACUUAAUAAAGUCAGAUGAAGGGAAACUGCAACCGUCAGUAGAAGAGCAAUUAGCAUUUUAUACUCAAUGUGUUCUAUCUACGUUGGCCACUCCGUUUUCUUUGCUUUCAUAAGUGCCAUAGGUCACAUGUUAACAUUUGUGUCUAAAAAACAGAUUUGAUGAAUUUUUCUCUUUAUCCAGAUAAAAGAUUGUCCCUCUGAGAUUAGGCCUUCAUCUGAAUCUCACUCUUGGGACUCUGAUCAUUGUGUGCUGCUUACAACUGCUGCCUGGUAGCCUUGGGCUUUGCUUCAGAUACCUUUUUGCUGGACCCUGGCUGAUGACUGCUUUGGUUACAUUUCCCAAGAAGUGGUCCCAAUUAUAUAGAGAACAUUUUGCUUUAGUGAAGUAGUAGCUUCCUGGAUUAAGAGAUUCUUAAUGCCAAACAUUUGGGGAGAUGUCUUGAUUUUGUUUUCCCUCUUCUUUUUUUUUAGGCACAUCCAAGUAAAAGAUACUAUCUCUGAAGCCUAGAAAAACUCAUAUUCAUUUUGGGUAUUUGAAAUUUUCUCCACCUUUUCUGUCCACUGUCUGGUUUGCCCGCAGAUCCCUGCUGCCCAAGUCAGUCUAUGUGCAGGACAGCGCUUUGCUUCUGAGCCCUCCCCCAUGGCCUCUGGUGGCCCAUGUUUCCGUAGAAGUAGGGUACAGUCUGUCCUCCAUCAUUUCUCUUCAUAGCCACAUUGGAAUUCUCUCAUUCUAACAUCGACAAAGGAUAGCUCAUGAAGUGCUGAAACUUUCACCGGUGAUGAAACUUUCAAAUAUUUUUAUUGUAUCCUGAUGAUGAACCGGAAAUAAUUGAGAUAAUGGAAGAUUUUGUAACAUUUUUAUUAUUGUAUUGAGUAUGCCAGUAUACAAUAUAGCUUAGCUUUUAAAAGUUUACAACUUAAAUACAUAUAUCAAGUGAGUAUCAUUUGAUAUGGUGCAGAGAUGGUUGUAUUUUUAAACACCUUUCAUGUUGUGGGAAUUAGUUGUGGAUCUGAGGGACAGAUGAUGUCAUUAAUUGGAGUCUAAAUGUCACAUGUGCCAGCAAUGCCUGCUUAUGGAAUGACAUUCUGGGUGUGUGAGUUUAU